AUGCAGCAACCCAUAUUUAAUAUAAAUAACGACAUUAAUGAAAUAAAUAAGAAUUUGAAAAAGUCUCUGUUGUCAUUUAAAAACCGGCUACAAUCAAUCAUCCAUGACCAUUACUUUGUCAAAACUAUACAUAACUCAUUACUGUAUCCAUUAAUUCCCAACGAAAGAUGUGGUCUUUGGUAUGUCCCCUUGAACGAUAGAUUAGACACAUGCUAUUUCAAGUCAACUGACGGACAUACCAAUGUGUGGUCCUUCUCCUUGCGUAGACUAAACUUGCAUCUUUUGCCCAUUAUUUUGGAGCAUGGAGGAGUGGUGAUAGUUGAUUCCACACGAAGGGGGAAAUUAAUGCCCGAUGCGUUGCUGAAAACCAUUCCCAUUUGGUGUGCUGUUUUGAAUUCAAUCAUUUUUGGAGAUGGCGAUUGGUUAAGAACCCCUUCUAGCAUGGUGUCAGAAAGUGAACAUUACUCAAUUGAGAAACUAAUUCCAUCGUUUGUUGACACUGUAAAACAGAUGAAGUUGCUUGAAGGGUAUAAAUUAGAUAAGCCAUUGGUUCCUUCUUGGUAUUACCCUGGAGCUAUCUUAAACAACAAUUUGGAUGAUUCGGUGUACAAUAUUUGUUGUGUAUCUGCAUCCAAAAAAGUUGAUGUACACAAACGAAUUGACAUCAAAACUGGCAAUGGCACUAUUUCGUGUGAUUAUAUUCAAGGCUCGGCUGAUGAUCAUGAGUUAUGGGUUCCUCGAACUUUAUGUGAUGGGAAGUUUGGUGCAGAUGUGUUUUGGAGUAUGGCAGAUGAUGUGUUAGAAGAUGCCUAUAUAAGAUGUGGAGAGACCGAAUUGAUAGAAAAGAUCACUAGUCUCUAUAAACCAAUGGGUAACACUGUGGAAAUAUUUAAGCUUGGCGACACUGGUAUUUCAAUUGGGAAAUUAGAGGGAAAUGUCAAAUUUAGUCUGUUUAACACAAAUGUUAUAUUAUUCCAUGAAGAAUACACCAUUACUGAUAUCCCUAAAACCAAACAAGUUGUACAGUACUCAAUUUCGAGUAACAAAAAAGGUUCAAAUAAGUUCAGGGAGAUAUUACCCGAAAUAAAAAUAGAUUUGCCAUGCACUAUUUUAUGUGAUACCGGGCGUGAUCUUAGUGUUGGUAUGGCUUUAGUGCUAUUGUGUUUGAAUUUUGAUUUGAAUUGGUGUCCGACCACAACGCCUCCAACAGUAACGAAAACCUUAAUCAAACAGCACUUGAGCAAAAUUUCUCAAAUAUGCAAAGUCAAUCCUAGUAGAAGUACACUUCAAAGUGUGAACACCUUUUUAUUUUAG